AAAGAAAGAUUAAUAAAAUAAGAGUUGUCAGAGUGAAAAGUUGCAUUGACACAAAUGUCACUCUUACUUUUUCCUUUAUAAAUAUCUAAUGGAAGUUGUCUCUAUCGCACCUAUAGCCUAUAAAACCUAUGUUGCGAUCUGGAAUGAAGCACAGGUGUGUAAAUUUGUAAAAAUGCGAAGUCUAAUUUGGCACCGUCGCAUUUACCAUCACCAUGACACUCAUCGUUUUGUUAUUGUAAUUUGUCAUUUUGUCACUCUUCCAAAUUUCCGAAAGUUGCUCAAAAUCGUUAAAUGAAUUUCAUACACGGCUUGAACAAACCGAAACGGAGAAGAUGUGAAGUGGCUCCGCCGCCGUUGCGGUUGAGAAAGGCCGCCAAAGAGCCGGCGGCCGCCGCCAAUCAAAACGCCAAUUUCAAUAUUGCAGGGGCGUAUCCCACACCAACUCCGGCGUUCGCCUAUCCGGCCCAGCAGCCCCAAACCCCCGCCGUCCAAAGACAACCCGCCGUCGCUUACAACCCCACCGUUAAUUAUGGAUUCAGAUAAAAAAGCAUUUUAAAUGUAUUUCCAUCAUAAAUAAUACAUAAAAUAUAUCCCUUACAAUUACAAAUUUUC